CAUUCUGUCGGUUGCUUAGGUCAGAAAAGUUCUGAUCUGAAGCACUUCUUUCAGUGCAGUGGCCCUGGAAGUCUUUCGCAAUGUUGUCAUGAUCAGAAAUCGGAACACAAUGCGCAGCUCAGAGACGUCUGACCUCCAGUACAUCCCCUGUCGGCCAUUAGCUCCCCCAGCCUCUCCCAUCUUCAGAGAGCCCAAGGCGGUUCUGCUCACCAUAGACGAGGUCCAGUCGCCCCUGAGCCCCAAACCCACCGACACGUGUGUGCACCCACACCGCGGCUGCAACCGCUUCGGCGUGCCCAGCCUGAGCGCCUUCUUCUCCAGGCACAACCCCCAUAGCCAGAGAGUGCGCCACAUAAAGGGCAUCCAUGGUCAGCCCAUCUGUUGGAUCAAUGACAUGAUGCUCGGCCGCCAGGCAACCAUGUGCUGGGGCCGACCCAUGACCCCAGAGAGCUGCCUAAUUAUGUGCGGAAAGAUCCCCACCGCAGCCAUCGGCACCAACAGCAAUGCCCUUCCCAUCAACACUCUCACUGGCUUGCAGUUUUUCCCCAUCAAGCUCAUGGACACCCCUACACUCAAACUGUUAACCCAUGCAUGGAGAGAUGAACUAAGAGACCUGACAGAGAGGGUGGGCCUUCUCAUACCCAGCAAGAACUCUAGAGGCACCUCUCCCAGCCAAAGCCCAAACAACAAGGAGGAGGCGGACAUCAAACUACAGCUGAUGCUGAUCGACACCCUGUGUCAGAUCUUGGGGAUGAAGUCCAUUAGUGAGGUGCAACAGUGGUUACUGACUGCAGGGCAAAGAGAGAAGGACCUUUUGGUGAACCUGCUAUGUAAUGCACUGGAUGAGCAUCAGCCUCAACCCUCAUCCAGUGAUAGAUCAGCCCAGGAAAGCCCUACUGUGAAAUCAGUGUCUUCAAACCAUAACAUGACCACUGGGGAAGAAGAAGACACCAAGACCAGAGAUUCAUUGCCUUCAAAUGAAGGAUUUACAGAGUACAUGACCAGUAAGGAGGACACGAAGACCAAGCGAGCACGUUCAACAGUGACCCGGAGCAGGCAGAGCACUCCCAGGCCCCCAAGUGACCAGAGGAGGCUGUCCAGCCCAGCCGUGUGCCACCUCCUGUCUCCGCCAGUGCUGCGCUACACCAAACGGGCCUUCACCCCUCAGGUCCCUGUGGCCAGCAGCAUCUUUCAGGAGGAAUGGACCAACUACUGCCAGUAGAGCCAUAAAACCUGAGGGACCAGCAGCCGACAGUACUGUCACUGGACUGGGCCUUGUUUCUACCUCCGCUUGUGUGUGUGUGUGUGUGUGUGUGUGUGUGUGUGUGGACACUAGUAUGCCUAAUACUAGAGGAAUGACUUUGUCCAUCUUGAGAACAGUAAAAAUGGCUGAAAUGCUAGCACCAAA